AGCACAUCCGGCUACCUCAUUCUCGUCUCCUCCACACCGCAAACAAAACCCUCCCGCCGGCGGCGGCGGCGUUAGCUACCACCUCUCUCCACCAGCAGAAGCUUCAGGCACUCUCCGCCGGCGACGGCAAAAGGGGGACACAGAAUGCAGCUGGCUCUGAUGGACAGCGGAAGCGACUCCGACACUGCCCCCGAGGAGCUCACCGCCGUCCAGGGUGUUGAGAAGCACGAAGAGAUCACUAAAGCUGAGAAGGAUAGUGCUAUCAGAGUAACACAAGAGGGAAAGGAGCGGAGAAAGCGAUGGGCCCAACGAAGAACCUCUUCUAAACCAGAUAAGCAGGCACUACAGGAAGUAGAAGAUGAAGAUACCAAACAAAAUGAGGAGACACAUAGUAUGCCUGGCAUGCUCCCUAGUAGUGUCAUCGAAAUGCUUGCAUCACGUGAGAAGCAAACCUUCUCAUCAGACUCUGAGGAAGAAAAUGUAAAGCAGAAGGUUCAGAAUAGGAAAAAGAGAUCAAAAACUUCCGGGCCUGAAAUAAUUCUGCUGAAAGAUGUUAAGUCAAUGCAACACAUGAAGAGUGCCCUUGAUUUCUUGGAGAAAAGGAAAAACCAGGUGCCAAGAUCCAAUGCAGUUUUGAAAAACGCUAAUAAGGCUUUGCGUCUCCUUUCAUCCAAAGGCAAUUUUCUGAGUUAGAGCGUGCCAGAAUGUGACCUUUUCUAAAUUUGUGUUUAUCUUCUCAUCUGAAUGACUGAUAUGGCCAAGAGAGUGAUCAUUUCUGUACGACUCUGUUUGAGAUUGUUUGCAUUUGUAUGGGUCAUGUUGGAAUCUCCUGAACGAAAAUUCAGAAAGAUUCCUAAAUUUUGAGAUCAAUGUAACACAUGUCGGAAACUCGGAACUGAAUGUUCACAUUGUGCAACAGAAUCCCAUUUGCAGACACCUGUGUGGUGUAAUAUAUGCUUUGUGUGAUAUUGU